UCAACAAAUGAGGGUGUGGUGCGUGUGUGGCCUUGGCUGAACGCCGGCCUGCUCUCUCUCUCUCGCUUGUUAUCCUGUCUGCCUUCGCUUCAUUCUUUCUCCUUUGCUUUCUCUGCCCUUCUUCAACCAGAAAGAGGAGCGCCCAUCUAUUCUUGAUUCUUCAAACUUCCGAAUUCCGAUUACCGGAAGAAACGAGGGAAGAGAUACCAACUUCUCUGUUUACCGUCUCUUUUUCCAGUCAUGCAUUCGUUUGCAUCCUUCUACGAUUUCUUCGCUUAGGGAUGGUUUCUGCAACGUCUAUUUCCGUUCUUAUGGAGUGUAUGAAUCGUUGCAAGCUUGUCAAUCAAGACGUGAGUGGCAGGUGGGAGUGCAGCGCCCUGUCAUGUGCAUGGAAGGCGCCCCGCGUCCUGAGCGGCUUUCUUGCAAGUACCACCCAGCCUCAUUCUUCGACAUUUCAAAGCUGCAGGGCGGAGACCAGGAACUCCAAGCGCCAUGGAAGAUAUACUCCAUGGAAUUGUGAAAUCGCUUGCAUUCAAGGCCUGGGCUUCCUUGAAUCAGUUGAUUCUGCUGUCUUAGGAGGAUUUCAUAAAUCAUGUGGAAUUUCUGGUGCUUGUAAUGGAUGGAGGCUCUAUUCAACAUCAUCUUCUUCAUCAGAUGGUUCAGAUGCAAUAUCUCCAGAGAUUCUAUGGGAGGAUUUGAAGCAGUCCAUUUCAUAUCUUCCACCAAAUGAGUUGCAUUUAGUCAAGAAUGCCUUGAAGCUGGCAUUUGAAGCUCAUGAUGGACAGAAAAGGAGAAGUGGUGAACCCUUCAUCAUUCAUCCGGUUGAAGUGGCUAGGAUUCUUGGGGAAUUGGAUUUGGACUGGGAAUCAAUUGCUGCUGGAUUGCUUCAUGAUACUGUUGAGGACACAAAAGUUGUUACUUUUGAAAGAAUUGAAGAAGAAUUUGGUGCUACUGUCCGUCACAUUGUUGAGGGAGAAACUAAGGUGUCUAAGCUGGGGAAGCUGCAAUAUAAUAAUGCAACAACCUCAGCACAAGAUGUAAAAGCUGAUGAUCUUCGGCAGAUGUUUCUGGCAAUGACAGAAGAGGUUCGUGUUAUUAUUGUCAAGUUGGCUGACAGAUUGCAUAACAUGCGCACACUCUCCCACAUGCCUCAACAUAAGCAGUCAAGUAUUGCAUUAGAGACAUUGCAAGUCUUUGCUCCCCUAGCAAAACUGCUUGGGAUGUAUCGAAUUAAGUCAGAGCUAGAAAAUUUGUCAUUUAUGUACACAAAUGCUCAUGAGUAUGCUGAGAUACAGAGAAGGAUUAGUGAGCUUUGUAAAGAGCAUAGCAAGGAACUUGAUGAGGCCAAGAGGAUCCUAGUCCAAAAUAUUGAGAAGGACCAAUUCCUGGAACUUAUGACUGUUAGCGUGGAUGUUCAUUCAGUUUGUAAGGACCCAUAUAGCAUAUAUAAGGCUAUUCUGAAGUCAAAGGGGUCAAUUCAUGAGGUCAAUCAAAUUGCACAGCUUCGCAUUGUUGUCAGCCCAAAGCCAUGCAUUGGAGUAGGACCUUUAUGUGCUGCUCAGCAGAUUUGCUAUCAUGUUCUUGGUCUUGUUCAUGGCAUCUGGACUCCUAUCCCUCGAGCUAUGAAGGAUUACAUAGCUACACCAAAACCUAAUGGCUACCAAAGCCUGCAUACUGCAGUGAUACCAUUUCUUUAUGAGAGCAUGUUUAGAUUGGAAGUUCAGAUACGAACUGCGGACAUGGAUCUGAUAGCUGAAAGAGGUAUUGCUGCUCAUUACAGUGGGAAAGAACAAGGAAUUAGCACAAGCAGGCAUAAUAACAUUUCUGGUAGGAACAUGAGAACAAAAGCUGCUUGCCUGAACAAUGCAGAUAUUGCACUCAGGAUUGGCUGGCUUAAUGCGAUUCGAGAAUGGCAAGAAGAAUUUGUUGGGAAUAUGAGUUCCAGGGAAUUUGUGGAUACUGUAACCCGAGACCUUUUAGGGAGCCGUGUAUUUGUUUUCACACCAAAGGGUGAGAUUAAGAACUUGCCUAAAGGAGCUACAGUUGUUGACUAUGCUUAUCAGAUACAUACAGAAAUUGGCAACAAAAUGGUGGCUGCAAAGGUUAAUGGGAAUCUUGUGUCUCCUACACAUGUGCUUGUCAAUGCUGAAGUUGUGGAGAUUAUCACAUACAACGCUUUAUCAAGCAAAACUGCAUUCCAGCGCCAUCAGCAAUGGUUGCAACAUGCAAAGACCCGCAGUGCUAGACAUAAGAUCAUGAAGUUCCUGAGAGAGCAAGCUGCACUUUCAGCUGCUGAAAUAACAGCAGAGGCGGUCAACAACUUUGUUGCAGAUAACAAGUGCAGUGUUGAACCAAUCAAUGUUAUUCCAGAUCUUUCUAGAGAGGAGAAAUCAAUGUGGAGGAAAAUACUGAUGAAUGUUUCAGGAUUGUCAACAAGAAACAGUCAUGAAAAUAUUCAUCAUGUUCAAGGAAAGCUGGGCACCCCAAAAGUGAAUGGGAAACAUAACAAGAACUUGCAGAAGAUGAGCUUGAAGAUCAAUGGAGAUUUUUUGUCUCAAGAAAGUGGUCUUUCUGUGUUGCCUCAGAAACAUGUUCCUUUGUAUAAGGAAGUACUAUCUGGCCUAGAAACCUGGCGGUCUGGGAAAGUAGCAUUCUGGCACAAUCUUGAAGGACAGUCCAUCCAAUGGCUCUGUGUUGUUUCAGUCAAUCAAGGAGGGAUGAUGGCGGAAGUAACUGCUGCUUUAACGGCUGCUGGAAUAAUGAUCUGUUCUUGUGUGGCAGAGGUUGACAAGAUAAAAGGCGUCGGAGUCAUGCUAUUUCACAUUGAAGGAGAUCUUACCAAUCUGGUAAGUGCCUGCUCAAGCAUUGACUUGAUUCAAGGCGUCCUUGGCUGGUCAACUGGUUGUAGCUGGCAGAAGUCAGAAAAUCUGGAUCAUGGAUUUCUUGAAUGUUAAAUUAUGAGACAUGAAGCAUCUACAUUGAAGUAUGGCUACCAACCAGUGGAAAUGCAAAGCUCAGAACAAUGUAAUUUACGAAAAACAUCUGCUGGGAAGGUAGGCGUAGGAAGUGUGUUUCUCGACUUCAAGCACCUUCAUCGUGCAUAUGAGGAAGCUGUAUAUAAAGAGAGAUAUUGGGUAGUUCUUUGUGGCCUGUCGUCAUGUAAGUUCCUAAUUGGUUUGUUGACAUAGGUCAUUUCUGGUAUCCUUCUCACAUGUUAAAAAUAAAAUUCAAGGUUAUACUAGCAAUUUAUUCUUCGACAUUCCAUUC